AUGAAAGUAAGUGGCAAUUACUCAGAUCUGUGGAAAGCCAUCAUUCGCCCACCCAGAGAUCCUUACACACUUGAAAGCUUAGGAAAGAGGAAGUAUGUGAGAAAGGAUAUAGAUUUGAUGAAUCCAGAUGCUUGGACUCUUAGAUGCUCGCACUUUCUUCCUCACAACUAUGAAAGCAUUAAGACUAAGCUACCUUGCGUAAUAUAUAUGCAUGGAAACUGUUCAUCAAGACUUGAAGCUCUUCCUUGUGUCAACAUAUUACUCCCUUUGAAUAUAACUGUGUUUGCUUUUGACUUUAGCGGCUGUGGGUAAUCCUAGGGCGAAUUUGUUACUCUCGGUUGGAAAGAAAAGGAAGACCUUCAAACUGUGAUAAAUUACCUAAGAUCUACUGACAUGGUUUCAUUAAUUGGUCUCUGGGGAAGAAGUAUGGGCGCAGUAACCUCUAUACUAUAAGCAGCGAGAGAUCCAUCUAUUGCUGGAAUGGUUUUGGAUUCUCCCUUCAGCAAUUUGAAUAAAUUGUCAUUAGAACUAGCUAAGACUCACACUAAAAUACCAGCAUUAAUAGCCAAGAUUGUUUAGAAACUGAUUCGAAAAAGUAUAAUGAGCCGAACUAAGCUUGACAUUGAGAAGCUAAACCCUAUCGAAUAUGUUGAUAAGUGCUUCAUUCCUUCUCUGUUUGUUACUGCAAAGGGAGAUGAUUUUGUCAGACCUCAUCAUGGAGAAUAAUUGUUUGAUAAAUACAGUGGAGAUAAAAAUAUGAUAAGUGUUGAAGGUGAUCACAAUUCAGAUCGCCCCUUCUUUAUGAUGGACUCAGUAGCUAUAUUCUUCCACAACGUGCUAUAAUGUGACCAACUUCCUAGAGAACUUGAUGACGAUGAGGAGAAUCUAAUGAAUAAUGAUGAUUUUAUGGAUUUUAGAUUAGACAAAGUCUUUGAGAGGCAGCAUUAGGAGCAAGAAAGAGAAUAAUUGCUAUUGUCUGUGCAAGAUAAACUCGAUCUGAAUUAGCAGGAGGAUGAGGAUUACAGAAGAGCUUUGUUAGAGAGUUUAGACUAUCAUUAAGAAGAGAAAAUGAAAGAAAAGGUAGUUGACUAGUUUUUCUACCAGCUUGAACACUGCUGGCAAGAAAAGGAGAACUUACCUGAAAUAUUAGAUGCUGAAUUAAGACACCUAGACUAAUAUUUCAAAGAUGAAGAAAAAGAGUCAAUAAAAAGCCUCGCUUUGCAGAGAAGGAAUAGCUUAAAGGCCUUCCCAAUGAAUAGGCAAUCUUCUUAGAAAGAAGUCUUCGGCGAAGUCGAUCUUAAUUAACAACUGCAAAGUCUAGAAAUAUGA